AUCAAAUAUUACUGUCAAAAUAGUUAGGUCGGUCAUGGUUUAUUUUAUUAUUUUAAAUGCAAAAUAAAAACAAACCUACGUAUUUGAUGUAAUCUUGAACAACAGUGAUGCGGCCCUCACGUAAUUUGCCCUCGCACAGCAGGAAAUCUGUAGUGAAUGUAUACGGUCGCCUGUCAGCCUCACCGCCGGACGGGAAGCGUAUGAACUUCUGCACAGAUUUCGAAAAAUCCAUCGUCAUCAACAGCUUCAAGCAACGAGGAUGGAGACAAGUGUCACCUGAAGAAGACUGGCACGUGUACUGGGCUAAUACGGGGAACUGCCGCAGUAUAUUCAGCAUCGAGAGUGGCCUUCGACUUGGCGACAAUCAAUUAAUCAACCAUUUCCCAACACACUACGAACUAGUACGUAAAGAUUUACUCGUAAAAAAUAUAAAGAGAUACAGAAAAGAAUUGGAAAAAGACUGUAAUCCCCUUGCGGAAAAAACCGAAGUGAAACUCCCGAGCGGGCAAGUCAUCACUCGCUAUUUAUAUUUAGAUUUCAUUCCGGUAACGUUCGUGCUGCCUUCCGACUACAACAUGUUUGUAGAGGAGUACCGAAAAUUUCCUCAAACAACCUGGAUUUUGAAGCCCUGCGGCAAAUCUCAAGGAGCCGGUAUAUUUCUCAUAAAUAAACUGUCGAAACUGAAAAAAUGGUCCCGGGAAUCCAAGAAAUACUUACAGCAUCAUCUCACAAGCAAAGAUACUUAUGUCAUAUCACGCUAUAUAGAUAAUCCGCUUCUUAUCGGAGGGAAGAAAUUCGAUUUAAGGAUUUACGUCCUCGUUACGUCGUUUCGUCCUUUAAAAGCUUACAUGUUUCGGAAUGGAUUUUGUAGAUUUUGCACAAUGAAAUACGACACGAGCGUCACGGAGCUCGAUAACAUGUAUGUACACCUAACGAACGUCAGCGUACAAAAACAUGGCGGUGACUACAAUAGCCAGCACGGCGGUAAGCUCGGUAUUCAUAACCUAAAACUAUAUUUAGAAGGAACUCGGGGUCGAGAAGUGACCGAGCGGCUGUUUGAGAACAUACAGUGGCUGAUAGUGCACUCGUUAAAAGCUGUGGCCCACGUUAUGUCGAAUGACCGCCAUUGCUUCGAAUGUUACGGCUACGACAUAAUCAUAGACGAUAACUUAAAGCCGUGGCUUAUAGAGGUGAACGCCUCCCCUUCGAUGACGGCCACCACGGUUAACGACAGGAUACUCAAGUACAAGCUCCUGGAUAAUGUUUUAUCGGUAGUUCUGCCCCCGGACGGAAUUCCGGACGCACGAUGGAGCAAAACGCCUACUGCAGAGGCUUUAGGGGAUUUUCAAAUUCUCAUUGACGAAGAUUCUAUGUACAAGGCAGAGACGGACGCUUUACAACGUGAGAAGAGCAGUCGCAAAUACUAAAACAUAUUUGAAACACGCACGCAUGUAUUGUUUAGGCUUGUUUUUUUAAAUAAAACAUUAAAAUUGCAUUGUUUUUUUUUAUU